AUGGCAAAAUGUACCGACUUCAGAGUGGACCCCCAGGCCGAAUGGGUCCCCCAGGACAGGAGGGCUGUCCUGGUGAGCCUGGCCUGCCUGGGUUUAAAGGUGAUAAGGGUAAGUUGGGUCCUGAAGGGCGUCCAGGAAAAACAGGGGAACCAGGACCCCCAGGACCGGCUGGUUUACCAAACCUCUACCUGUGGAAGAACACAGCGGAGGAAUGGGCUGCCUUUCAGAGUAAAGAAGGGUCUGAAGGACCACCUGGAGAGAUGGGCGCGCCCGGCAUACAGGGGCCACCUGGUGACGCUGGGGAGCGAGGACGACCAGGGAUGCCUGGAGAGAUGGGCGAGCGGGGUCUCAGGGGCCCUCCAGGACAAGCCGGGGCCCCUGGCAGAGAUGGGGCCAAUGGAGAAGAUAGUGAGCCCGGGUCACCUGGUGCUCCUGGAUCAAAGGGCCCUUGGGGAUACCGGGGAGAACGAGGGUCCGAAGGGGAAAAAGGUGAUGAGGGUCUCAUUGGCCUCCAGGGUCCAAGAGGAGAAGUUGGCGAACCUGGUGAGAAGGGCUCUACGGGUUUACCGGGCCCACCUGGUCCUGUUGGACCACCAGGGCCUCAGGGGACCCGAGGUGGCUACGGGCUGGAGGGGCCCUUUGGGCCUGAUGGGGAGAGUGGACUGGAUGGCCCUCCAGGUCUGCCAGGGCCAACGGGCGCAGCAGGUUUCACGGGACGAGUUGGUGCUCAGGGAGUUAAUGGCUCAAGGGGGGAUAUUGGACCUGCUGGCAGUGUUGGUCCCAGAGGCCCACAGGUUUAGAGGGACAGAUGGGACCUCCAGGACUCAGAGGGCCCCAGGGGCCUGUGGGGCCCGCGGGUGCCCGGGGGAUCCUGGCUUUGAGGGGCCCAUGGGUAACAGGGGACCAGAUGGGGACAAGGGGGAUCCAGGACCUCAAGGCGACAAAGGCAUUCAGGGGGCAGCAGGUAUUAGGGGUCCUCAGGGAGAGAGGGGCCCCAACGGCUUCCUAGGUUUCACAGGAACCACGGGCCAGCCUGGCCCCACAGGCACCGAGGUACAGGCCGGACUGGACCGUGGGGCCACUCUGGCCAACCGGGUCCAUCGGGUUUGCCUGGGCCACCUGGACCAGAGGGAGCAGAAGGAAAGCCUGGGCCCUUCGGGUUCAGCUGGCAGCGCUGGCAGUAAAGGACUGUCGGGCCCUACUGGGAAACAGGGACCUCCAGGAUCACCAGGACCGCCGGGAGACAAGGGUUUCACAGGGAAGCCCGGCAUGGAGGGACCUCAGGGCCCAGUAGGCAUGUAUGGUAUCCCAGGGAACGUGGGCAUGCGUGGGCCUUCGGGGUUCACAGGAGAAAGGCGUCUCUUGUCUUUGCUCUGCACCAGGGUGAGCCGGGUGUACGAGGUUUACCCGGGCCUGUUGGGAAGCCAGGACCUGCGGGUCUGCCAGGUCCUUCUGGAGACAAGGGACCCCGGGGCCCGCAGGGUCGGCCUGGAGAUGAAGGAUCCAAAGGGAUUCAGGGCCCACCAGGCUCUCCAGGUUUCCCAGGUGCUGAUGGAACAGCUGGAAAACCUGGACCCAGGGGAAGCCAAGGGCCCCCAGGACCUCUGGGGCCACAGGGGCCUGCAGGAAUCCCAGGUCUACCUGGCUCGCUUGGUGAUGCCGGCCCCACAGGACAAGACGGACAACAGGGUCUCCCAGGCCAAACAGGAAAUGAAGGCCCACCUGGACGAAAAGGAGACCAGAGCUGCUCUGCAGGAGGGUGAUGUUGGGCAUCCUGGGGAAGUUGGAGAUCCUGGACCCAAAGGGGACAAGGGUGAGGUGGGACAUCCAGGUGUGUCCGGUCGAGAAGGCCCUUGGGGAGACCUUGGAGAAAAUGGCCAAAGGGGCCUAAAGGGGGACAAGGGCCACAUUGGACUGAUGGGUGAACCGGGUCUGAUGGGUAAAGUAGGACCUGCAGGUCUGGCGGGGUUACAGGGAAUCACAGGCUCUCGUGGACUCCCGGGGCUAGAUGGACCUCAAGGGCAGAAGGGGGACUCUGGGCCUGUAGGAAUUACUGGACCUCCGGGGUCAGGAGGCCCUCAGGGAAUGACUGGUGCUCGUGGCGUCAGAGGAGACACAGGGGGGCUGGGACCACCUGGUCCAGUAGGACAAGUUGGACCUCAGGGAGACCAGGGAGCUAAAGGGGAAGUGGGGCAACAGGGACUGAAGGGAGAGCCAGGAACUCCAGGUCCACCAGGGGAACAGGGGCCACCUGGAGAGAUGGGACCCCAGGGUCCUCCAGGUCCCCCAGGGGCUCCUGGAGUGCAAGGAAGAGCAGGGCCUGAGGGGAAACAGGGCAUGUCAGGGGAGAAGGGAGACGAUGGCAAGAAUGGAUCACCAGGGAAGACGGGUCAUGUUGGAAGGAGGGGGAAACGGGGGAAGGCCGGAGUCAGAGGGAUCAGGGGUGACAGAGGGCCUAAGGGCCAAAAGGGGGACACGGGACUGGUUGGCCUCCCUGGAUGGUCAGGGUUCAUUGGAAUUCCAGGCUCACGUGGAGAGGCGGGGGAUCAAGGUGAAAAGGGGAAAGAGGGUGAGAAAGGAGACAUGGGACUGCAUGGGCCCCCUGGAGCUGAUGGCAUGGAGGGUAUUUGUGGUCUUGUUGGGUUGCCUGGUCCAUUUGGCCCGAUGGGAGAGCAGGGAAAUAUAGGUCUACCAGGACCGAGGGGAACACCAGGGAUGCCAGGACUGCCUGGUUGGUUUGGAUUAAAGGGUUUGAAAGGCUACCAGGGUUUCCCUGGUCUGCCCGGCAGGAGUGGCCUCCCAGGCCCACCUGGGGCCCCUGGACCUCCAGGACAGUCACUGAACAUUACGUUGACUGAACUCAAGGACCUGAUGUAUGUGUCCGAUAAGCCCAACUAUCCUCUGAUCCAGACUGUGCUAGAUUCUCUGCAGCAGGAGCUUCGGCUGAUACUGGAUCCUCCUGAUGGCAGCAAGGAGCAUCCUGCUACAACCUGCCUGGAGCUAUGGAUCUGUCACCCCGAAUACAGCAGCGGAAUGUAUUACAUCGACCCCAACCAGGGCAGCUCAGCGGACGCUCUGCUGGCCUACUGCAGCUUCUCCUCCACAUCAAAACAGACCUGCCUUCAUCCUCAAGACUCUCAGUUGCCCAUGAAAGCCUGGAUGCAAGAACUUUCUGAUGAAGGAUCCUUUCAGUGGCUCAGCAAGCUGGAGCAAGGGUUUCAGUUUCACUAUCCAGGUGCUAAUGUGGUACAGAUGCGUUUUCUGAGGCUGCAAAGUAGCACUGCCGUCCAGAAUAUGACCUACUCCUGCCACCCGGGACACAGACUGGGCCAGACUGACAGAGACAUCAAAUUCCUAACUGACACAAGGAAGCAAAGUUACCUCGGAGCAGUUAAAGACUGUGUGCCUGGAGAAGAGACCGUUUCUGGAACCCGGGAGUCCGUCUUUGAGUUUGAGGACCUCCAUCUGCUUCCCCUGAGAGACGUAGCACUGAUGGGAGGUGGAAACUUCACACACCUGUUUGGCUUCAACGUCGGACCCGUGUGUUUCAGCUAG